UUGCACGCCCACCCCACCCCACCUCCAAGUUGCCGUAGUUUUACGCGUGAACGCACGCGCGCCACCAGCCAAAACCCACGUCCCGCUCCCGCUCUCCCCACGCUCGCUCUGCCGACCUCCCCCCUCCGCCCCUCCCCCUCCGGCCGAUCGAUCCGAGUCGAAUUAAGCAGCAGCAGCUUCGCUCGUGCGCGCGAGCGCGGCCGGGGCGCUCCGGAGAGAGAGAGGGCGGUCGUCAUCGUCGUCUCGGCACACUAGCUCGCGGCGCGUCAUGAGGCGCUUCCUGCCCGUCGGAGGCGGCGGCGGGGAGCCGUCGUCCUCGUCGUCGUCGGGCGGGCGCGCGGGCGAGAGGGCCGCGGAGCCGGCGGGGCUGCGGUACGGCGGAGGCGACAUCUCGCUGGGGCACGGGCACGGGCACGGCGGCGACGCGGCGGAGAGGCAGCAGGACGGCUCCAUGGACAUGCUGGCGCGCCACAGCAGCUCGCCGGCCGGCUUCUUCUCCAACCUCGUGGUGGACAACGGGUACCCGAGCGGAGGCAGCGGUGGCGCCGCCGAGGCACAUCACCCGUCCACGGCCAGCGGCAGCGGAGGUGGCGGCAGGAGGAUGAAGCCGUCCCAGCUCAACUUCACCCGGCCGCCGCAGCAGGGCGGCGGCCACCUCUCGCAGAUCUCCGAGGACGGCGCCUUCCCGGCUGGCCUAGUCGGCGGCGGCGACCGCGCCGGCGAGAGCAGCGGCGGCGGCGGCGCGGCGCGCUCUUUCUCCGGCGGGUUCUCCAUCGUCGGGCCGUGGGAGGAGUCCAGGGACAUCAUCGCCACGCUCGGCGCGUACGACUCCCAGUACAGCGGCGCCAUGGCGGGCACGGCGCUGGAGAUGGCGGCGGGCAUGGACAGGUACAUGCAGCUGCAGCAGGAGCAGGUGCCGUUCAAAGUGCGCGCCAAGCGCGGGUGCGCCACGCACCCCAGGAGCAUCGCCGAGCGGGAGCGGAGGACGAGGAUCAGCGAGAAGCUGAGGAAUCUGCAGGAGCUCGUGCCCAACAUGGACAAGCAAACGAGCACUGCCGACAUGCUGGACCUCGCAGUUGAGCACAUCAAGGGCCUGCAGAGCGAACUGCAGGCUCUGAAACACGAGCAGGAGAAGUGCACCUGCUGCAGGAAGCGCUGACGGUCGAUGCCCGAGAGGAAUCGAUAGAUGUACAUGCAUGGAUGAAGCAGUUAACAUCCUCAUUAAUAGAUUCUCUGCAGGGAGUCCUAAAUUUUAGUUAGCACAUGGGAGUGUCGAUCGAUGGCGCAAUCAUAUGCUGUCAAAUGGGUGCAUGUGCAGUUGUGCGUGCAUGAAUGGAGGCCCGCCGGUCGUUUCCAAGUGACGACCUGCAUGCAGCAACAAUCAGGCAAUUCAUAGUGGUCAACUAGGCAGUGCAAGAGGGGCCAGAAGUUCUGUUCUGAUAAUCUGAUUGUUUUUUUUUUGGGUGUGUUUCUGAUUGAUCCUUUUCUAGUCUGUCAUAAAACAGUUUUUGCUAUUUAUGAGCCACCUGAUUUUGUUCUCUCAAGAGCAAAUUGCUUUUGCGCGUGGUCAUUCAUUUUUGUAUACGGAUCAAUUGUGUUGUUUGA